AUGAAAAGAAAACUGUCUGAUGAUUCCAACAACUCUGAACCAUCCCCCUCCAAGAAGUUGAUCAAGACCAAUGGCAGAAAUGAUGAUAAUAUUUGUCAAUUACCUUCGGAAAUUCAUAGCGAAAUUUUAAAUUAUCUCGAUGAUACUCUUGAUGGAGCCAAUUUUAUUCUUACCUGUAGAGAAUUGUACAAUUCACUCUAUCAGAAUCACUCUUUAUUUCUUUCUAGUCGAUUAAAGAGAGAUUUGGAAAGAUUAGUUCAGAGAGUUGACCUUUCCACUUUUGUUCGAACAAGUAAUUUGGCAAAAAAGAAAUCGGAUGAAAAGGAGGAUGAGGAAGAUGAUGCUGAUGAGGAAGAUGAAGAAGAUGAAGGAUCUGAUGAUGAAGAAGAGGAAAGAACAGUCAGAAAAGGUCAAGAUAAAAAGACUUUGAAUUCAUAUGAAGAAAAGCUUAUACAAACAGUUUCAGAACUUUCGAAUACUGUGGAAUUGGUCAAAGCAAAAUUGAAAUCAAAAACCAAAACACUGGAGAAAAUGGCAGCUUGGAAUUCAUAUUUGGAUGAUGUGGAGAGAACCCAUGGAAAAGCUAUUGCCAAACAAUUGGAAGAUAAUAUAUUCAGAAAGUGCACCAUUAUUUCUUUUAAAUCGACAAGAAUGGAUUAUAGAUACUCUUACGAGGCACAAAUCAAGAUUGGUGACAUUACUAUUGACCAUGAUGCAUAUGAUGAAGAGGGAUGUGUAACUAGUUGGACUUUGACAGUAACAAAAGAAGCGAAAAAGAGAGGUACAGUUUUUGUUGAGCUACCAGAUGGAGGUGAUUUAAUUUUAACAAAAGCUAGUGAAAAAGUAAGAGAGUACUUGGGAUUGGGUGAAACAAUUUCAGACAAAUUAUUUGUUGACUCAAUCAUCAUGGCACUUCCUUGGAAUCCUGAGUGGAAUUGUGUUUUUUAUCCUAAUAUUAAGAGAUCAAAAUAUUGA